CUGUGUCCACCGGGGGGCGCUGGUAGGCAGGCGCACAGACUCUGUGGAGGGAGGGGGCGCUCUAGAGCCACCCGCAUGCUGAAGAACUUGGUGUCUGUCACUGGCGGCGGAAGCCAUGGAUAGCGAUGAUGAAAACGUGGAGGAGACGGUGGCAGGCCAACUGGAUGAUGACGGCUUGCCCCAUGGGCUCUGUACUGUCAGUUACAGCUCCACAGACCGCUUUGAGGGACACUUUGUACAUGGGGAAAAAAACGGUCGUGGGAAAUUCUAUUUCUUUGAUGGAAGUACUUUGGAAGGCUUCUAUGUUGAUGAUGCUCUACAAGGACAAGGGGUAUACACUUAUGAGGAUGGUGGGGCUCUGCACGGUACAUACGUUGAUGGAGAACUGAACGGGCCGGCGCAAGAAUAUGACUCAGAUGGAAAAUUAAUAUUUAAAGGUCAAUACGGGGACAACAUACAACACGGAGUCUGUUGGAUUUACUAUCCAGAUGGAGGAAGCCUUGUGGGUGAAGUGAAUGAAGAUGGAGAGAUGACUGGUGAGAAAAUUGCUUAUGUUUACCCAGAUGAAAAGACUGCCUUGUACGGAAAGUUUAUUGAUGGAGAAAUGUUGGAAGGAAAAUUGGCUACAUUGAUAUCGGUGGAGGAAGGAAAGCCAUACCUUGAGAUUGUCCCUGGCAGUAACGUCUAUACAUUUGAUAAAUCUACUCCAUCCUGUAUUUCUACAAGUCCUUUGCUUCCAGAUCCUUAUGAAUCAGAAAGAGUGUAUGUAGCAAUUUCUAUGAUUUCCAAUGCUGGAGAAGGUCUAUAUGCUAAAAUAAGUAUAGGCCCUAAUACUGUGAUGUCAUUUUAUAAUGGUGUGCGGAUUACACAUCAAGAGGUUGACAGUAGAGACUGGUCGUUAAAUGGCAACACAAUUUCUUUAGAUGAUGAAACGGUGAUUGAUGUACCAGAUCCUUACAAUAUAACUACCACAUAUUGUGCUUCCUUGGGACAUAAGGCCAACCAUUCUUUUUCUCCUAACUGUAUUUACGACAUGUUUGUCCAUCCAAGAUUCGGACCUAUCAAGUGUGUCCGAACCAUCAAGGCAGUGGAAAAGGAUGAAGAACUUACUGUGGCCUAUGGCUACGACCACAACUCGGCAGGAAAAAAUGGCCUAGAGGCACCAGAAUGGUAUCAGCAGCAGCUAAUGGAGUUUGAGCUGACUCAGCAGAAGUGAAGAACCACCCUUUUUUUCUUCUGUGCUUCGGGUAACUGGAUCUGUGCAUUCUGUUUCUACUGAAGGUUUCUGGACGUUCAGGGGGCCUCUCAGAAUCACUGUAGACUAAUCUCCAUCUUGUGAUGUUACUAGUUAUUAUUAAACUUGUACUCAGAAUACACAUUAGCUUUGUGACUAUGUCCUACACUUUAAAAAUGCUAAAGCUAUUUUAUUAUUAGGCAAAUAUUGAGAGGCUUGGUAGGUAUUUUAUAAUUUUUACAUUUUAUAGGCAUCAGAAAGCCAGAGGGGAAAUAGGGCAUACAUAUUAGGACCCAAAAUAUGUUUUUUUAUUUUUUAUUUAUAUGCCAUUGAGAUGGUUACAAAGCAACUUAAUUUUAAAUUUGUGCAAUAAACUAGCAUCUUACAUGCAAACUAGAGAAGGCAAAGGGUAUUUGUUGUCUUUAAUACAAUGUGAUAUUUUCUAUCUAAUUAGGGAAAAAACUGAAUAAAAUAAAGCCUCUGAUAAAUCAGUCUGUGGUACAACUGCCCUUGCAGGUAUGGGAAACUGAGAGCUUUUGGUAUACGUUUUGUAUCACAUAAUGUACUAUGUUGUGUAUUACAUAAUAUGUGGAGCGCCAGUGCAUUUGUGAAUGUACGUGGCUAGAAAUACCAGACCAAUAUGUGAGUUAUCUGUAAGACUCUGUUCCCCUCACAUCAGGGCAAUGUGUCUGGAGUAUUCCUCAACUGGUAUCCCUGAUAUAUGCCUAUACAGAGGUAUAAUGUACGGUAUAUUGGCAAUUGGCUACACUUUUUUUUUUGCAGUAUCCCAUUGUAUAGGAAAGCACAUUGUGCUGCACGCUCUGACAGAGUUAAGAAAAAAUAAUGUCACCAAGGGGACACUUAUUUGGCCUCCCAGUAGGUGUUCUAUUGCUAUAUUUGGCAUAAACACAUGGACCUUCCCAGCACAUAAACAUGUUCACAUAAUGUGAUGUGAACACAGCCUAAAAUUAUUUUCUAACGUACUGAUCUCUUAGUGAUGCAUAUGUAAUG